GGUCGUACCUCUUCAUCUCCCUCUCUCUACGCGGCGCGAGCUGUGAGAUUAGACCAGAGGGAGGAGGAGGUUCUUUGGGUUUGGGAUUUGGAGGGUUCGUCCCAUCCUCUCCUGAGCCACCAAGGCACCAAGAAUCGUCUGAUCGGAGGCGCUUCUGUCGCGCGGAGAGGGAUGGGGUUCGUGUCGUUUGCCGGAAGAGUGCUCUUCGCCUCUGUUUUCCUUCUCUCCGCUUACCAGGAAUUUAAUGAAUUUGGAGUUGAUGGUGGACCAGCAGCAGAGGCUCUCAGGCCAAAAUACAAUGUCUUCAUGAAACAUGUCUCUUCACAUCUUGGCAUUGUAGUACCACAUAUUGAAAUGAAACAUGUUGUUGCAAGCACCAUAUAUCUGAAAGGUUUUGGUAGCAUCUUGUUCAUCUUCAGCAGUUCUUUUGGUGCAUACCUUCUGCUUCUGUACCUUGCUUUAAUAACACCCGUUAUGUACGACUUCUACAAUUAUGACGUAGAGAAGCCAGAAUUUGCUCAGCUUUUUAGCAAAUUUGCUCAGAACUUGGCUUUAUUUGGCGCUCUACUCUUUUUCCUCGGCAUAAAGAACUCAAUCCUUAGGCGGCAGCCGAAGAAAAAGUCUUCCAAGUCGAAGACCAAUUAAAGUCGAAUACCAGGUGCAAUAUGGUCGUCUACGCUAUAGAAUUUGCUAUCAUGUUUAUUCACCUAGCGAUGGUUCAAACAUUCCAUUCUUUUGGGGAAAGGGCAGCCGAUCACGAAUUGUGUUUUUGGUCCAUCAUUUUGUCCUUGUGUCUUGGUUUACAAAACCAUAGCAGUAGCUCCUGUGGAUUGAAGUUGUAUGCCAGUCGUUCUUAUGAAUUUUAACUUUGUGUUA